UGAAUACCUCCUCUGACCUGUACAAUACAAACCUUUGCGUCCUGCCAUAAAGGCGCAUCACUCACUGGGCAACAAUGUCUCCAAACACCCGCAUGGAUUUUAUGGAAGCGAUUUCUUCUUUUACGUACUAAACGCGGCUUAUCUUUUUUUUUUGUGGGAACCCGAUGUACUGGAUGUAUUUUCUACGGAGAUUGUAAAGUGCAGUCAAGCAAAGCUCGCUGGGGAAGCCAUGUGGAGAGCGGCCACGUCCCUUGGUGGGAGUACCGGAGGCAAAAAGCGACACUAACAAGAGAUCAUUAUUUGCCCUUUCUUGGAGAAAAAGAUCCGUCGAUGAGGAAACAAAGAGAGGAGAGAUGGUAGAGAAUGGCCACACCUGACCUUCUUGACCCGAAAUCUGCCGUCCACAACUCCAAACCUCGUCUGUCAUUCUCGAUCCAACCGGUAGUGCUGUACACCCCAGAGGACGAGUGCGACACCCGGACUACUGUCAUGAGGUGGAAAACUGUGUCAGCCAUCUUCUUCUUGGUGGUGCUUUACCUCAUUAUUGGGGCGACGGUGUUCAGAGUACUGGAGCAGCCUCACGAGAGCUCCCAGAAGCUCGCCAUUCUUGCAGAAAAACUGGACUUCUUGGCGAUGCACGCCUGCGUGAACUCCUCUGAGCUGGAGGAUUUGGUCAAGCAAGUGGUUUCAGCAGUCCGAGCAGGUGUGAACCCCUCAGGAAAUGCAUCCAAUCAGACGAGCCUCUGGGACAUUAGUUCCUCUUUUUUCUUUGCUGGGACUGUUAUCACCACUAUCGGAUUUGGGAACAUCUCUCCUCACACAGAAGGUGGGCGGAUCUUCUGUAUAAUUUACGCUCUGCUUGGGAUUCCACUAUUUGGAUUCUUAUUGGCUGGUGUCGGGGACCAGUUGGGGACCAUUUUUGGGAAGGGCAUCGCCAAAGUAGAGAAGAUGAUUGUGAAGUGGAAAGUCAGCCAGACGAAGAUCCGCGUCAUCUCCACGCUGAUCUUCAUCCUGUUCGGGUGCCUCAUCUUCGUGGCUCUGCCAGUCAUCAUCUUCAAGCACAUCGAGGGUUGGAGCACGCUGGAGUCCAUCUACUUUGUGGUCAUCACCCUCACCACGAUCGGCUUUGGAGACUUUGUCGCCGGAGAAAAAGGUGGAUCAGAGAAUCCAGAGUUUCUGAACUACUACAAGCCUGUGGUGUGGUUCUGGAUCCUUGUGGGCCUGGCGUACUUUGCCGCUGUGCUCAGUAUGAUUGGAGACUGGUUUCGGGUCAUCUCCAAGAAAACUAAAGAGGAGGUUGGGGAGUUUCGGGCUCAUGCAGCCGAGUGGACGGCAAACGUUUCGGCAGAGUUUAAAGAGACCCGGCGGCGACUCAGCGUUGACAUCUAUGACAAGUUCCAACGUGCUGCAUCCAUCAAGCGCAAGCUGUCAUCGGAGCUGGGUAUCAAUCAGGAGAUGACCCCUGGUAAGAGGUCGCUGUCCACCACCCUGUGCGAGGACAGAGAGGCCUACCCAAACUUGACUCUCUCACUCAGUCCCGUCACAGGGACCCUAUCCAGGAACGGCAGCCUCUACCUGAACGGCCUCAGCCCAGACUACGCUGACCGGCGGGAGAUCGCCAUCAUCGAACAUUUUAAUUGAGGAGCGGCAUGAAAAUGAGAUUCAGGGACUUCGGACAGAGCUUACAAACACAUACACACUUUUGUGCUUAUUGACUGAGCAUCCCAUGCGCAUUCAUCAAGUGGAUUGUACUCCAAUCAUUAGUUGAAAAUCUUGAAAGAGACUUAAACACAGAUCAAUCGUCAAGCUGCGUACUUUCAUGCGUGUGUUUGAAACAUCAAACUAAAACUUAUGAUGUGCCAGCUCACAGGUUCCAUUCAUUCAAGGUAGGAGGCCGACUUGCUUUCAUUGCGUCUGUGCCAACAUGAUCGACAGCUGUGCUAGCGAUUGAGCCAAAUUAGAAGCAAGCUCCGGACUGGAACUAAUGAUUGUAUCGGAGGUAUUAGUUCAACAAACUUAUCUCAUGAGCAGGAAGGAAAUGAAAGCCAAUAUUGAGGUAGCGACGCACUGGAAAUCUUUUUCUCAUAUACCUAGAAACAACCUGUGAACAGACACAAGUAAAUACAUCCAUCAAACGUAGAAAGCAAUAGUGUGCUCAUCGCUUGUUGAAUUUCCAGAGGCCCUGAAAUCUGCAUCAGAUAAAGAGGAUCCUCAUUGCUAAAAACACUCGUUAAUUAAAGAUGAAAGCGGCAGCAGUCCUGUGCUAACACAAAGAAAUGUGGCUUUAUCUUUUUAGUUUACACUUCUUCCACUUUGAAUUUAUAUGCCUUGCGAUCGCCGGUCAGUCUGCCCUCAUUUAAGAGACGAAUGUUGACAUUUUUGUCCCUCCAUUACUGACAUUCAACUUUUCACCCUAAUGAAUAAUCCACGUGUGCCUUACUGAAAACCACACUGAACAUGUGAGGAUGGUGAUGCAUUAUUUAGGAAUUUACAGUAUGCAUGGCAACCGAGUGGAGAAACUGUUUCUUAACAACUGGGAAAAUGUCAGUCACCUUUCUGUCCGCCAGUGUGAUAUAACCAUUUCAUACCAGUCUUAAUGUGUUGAGAGAGAUACAUUAACCACACAGUGCCAGGCUCACUGAUCAGAGACCCCAUUCUCCCUUUUACCAAAGUAAUGAUCCUGUUUUCCUGAAAGAGAAUCAAACAUGUCUGCGUUGUAAUCAAAGGAUCAGGAGUGCUUUCCGUUAUUUCUAGAAAUGUUACCCACUCGUGAAACUGAAACAUAGAGCUGCAGCUCUCAUCACUACCUUCAGAUAUAAAGUAAGGGAAUUUUCCCUCAGCUGACUAACAUCCUUUAUGUCUCAUCAGAACUGAAUGUACACCAUCAGAAAUCUCUGUUUGCUCUAUCACUGCAGUGACUAAAUUAUCAAAGUGUUAUCAGUCUAUGAGUUGCGUCACAUAUUAUAUUUAAAUAAAUGCCUCCCUGUGGCUGAUUUGGCGUCGAUUAAAGAUUACUUAAAUUAUAGGAUGGCGCAGUUAAAAGCUCGCUUUGAUACUUAAUACUGAGUAUACAUUUUUAUUUAAUUGAGGCCCUUUUUAAAAUCAGGAUGAGGAUGAGGCUGGAUUGCUUUUGAUGACAUUAUGCAAGGAUAUUUUAGGUUCUGGUGUCUCACAGUUGAAUGGUUUGGAUUGUGUGUCUUAUGGUGUUAUUCAGUGCUUUUAACCAGCACGGUAUGCUGUAAUAUUCUCAAUACAUUUAAUAGUGCUAUUUACAGUUUGUAGCGUUCAAAUAUAUUUACAAUACAGUGUGACUUAAGACAGUAUGCCAUAUGUGGCAAACCAAGCCUAUCUGCUAUACCAAAUGUCUAUAAUGUAUAAGGUUAUCAGGUGUAAAAGAGAGUAUGUUCUGUGUUAAAACUGUGGAAGGAGGACCAGCUCUUUGUAAGUCCAAAAACGUAGCCUAUUUGUAACUUUAAGUGAUUAAGUGGAGAUUUAUAAAUCUCUAUAAUAAAACAGAUUGCACAAAACAGACUAGGUCUUACAUAGAGAUGAGUUGUUACUAAAUAUUUACUCCCAGAUGUAACAGUUACGUAGCUAACUGAAUUAACCGACACAACUAACAUUAGCCUGCUAGAAUGAAGAAUUAAAUAGGUAAUGUACUGUAAUAAGGUCAACACAUCUGAGCCGAUACUAAGAUUUGAAAAAACAUUUCACAAAAAUGACACAACACACCUCAAAUAAAUGUUUGCCAAACAGUCACACUAAAUAACCAAAUAACGGCAGCUAGGUAUGGUAUAAGUUUUAUAUAUCGCCUGUUAUCUUUUAUUAGAAGGCAUUUCAGAUGUUUCCUAUCAACCUAUGUACACAUUAAUAAAGUCUUUACUAGCUCAGACUUUCCUAAAGAUACAAUGAUCCAAUUUAACUAAGAAAUCAAGAAGAACUUUACACACAAACGUAGCACAUGGAUUUAGGAAUAGCUGGUGGAACACAUUCUAGGUAUUAGCAGGUUACGCGUUCGCUCUCUUCCUCUGUUCUGAAUCUCCUGGUUUUCUUGAAAAGGUUGUCCUAAGGGUGAGCACUGACUGACUGUACUGUAAGGUCAUCAGCUGUCACGUGUAAUCAAGUCAAAGAGGAGUCACAAAGAGAUUGUGAAGAUAAUAAGAAUAGAGAAUCUAAAAAUACCAUUCUGUUCUUCUUCUUCUUGUGUUUCUAAAAAACAAUCAAUACCAAACACUUACUGUAUGUUGCACUGACUUGCAAUACACUGGAAGAACAGUGAUGCCUGGGGGAAAGCUCUCCGAGCCUUAGAGCAGCUUCAAAGCAAAGCCCUCAGAAGUCGUCCUAUUGUCGGCCAUGUGAUUGACAGCCACUAUAAGGCGAGCUGUCAGUGCUGAAGAAAGCUGUGGAUAGAGCGUUAUGUAAUAUGUCAGGCUUUGCUAGGCCACAUGUGAGGAUACUCAUGCAUGAUUGUAUUUACACUAAGUGUGUGUGCGCAUGAAUGUGUGAAUGCAUUGGGGUUUGAAAAAACUCAUUUAAUUUCCACUCACAGCUUCUUCACAGGGCAUUCUCUUCUUUUCCCCGGGUGAACGUUUUUUAAUUAAGUCUGUCGCUGCAUCGAAAUCCCAGUUCAAGCAUGCUGAAUGUACCUAUCCAUUCAUGACGGCAGAGAUGAACUUCAUUAUGAAUGUAAACACAUUCAUGAUUUAACAUUUUGAUGCUGUGAAAACACCUACAGGGCUUUUAAAGCCUCUGGCCCUCAUUUUAAUAAAAUAAACCACGAGGCCAUAAAAACACGAUUAUGUACCAAUCAUAGUCAUAAUGAUCAUAAUAAAUAAAGGUUUUGUUUCAGACAGUCGUGAUACAAAUGUGCAUCAGGUACACUUCACAUAAAACACUACUUUGGUAUUUAUUUGGUCAACAUCCUAAAAUGUAUGCAUGAAAAUCUUUGUAAAUGAGACCCGCUAUGUCAAGGCAAACACAUUUAACUGUUUACGCUGUCAUUUUUCAAAUCCCAAUGAAUAGAAAUGUGCCAAUUUAAAUGUGAGGGGUUAUGUGAGGGGUUAUGUCAUGCUCAUUUUAUAAAAAUCAACAUGAUUUCAACAAGUGUUGCAUGCCACUUGUCUAUAAUCGCUGGCUUUGCUUUUGAUAACAGUAUGGCAACCAUGUGUUUCCACUAUGUUGAUAUGUUAAUGUGGGUAUGUCACCUCAAAUCAUACUUUUCAAAAGGUUUAGA